GGCACCUGCUGGUGCAAGAGCUGCCUCAGCGUGUGCAUCCUGGCGGCCCUCUGCUUCGCCUCGCUGGCCCUGGUGCGCCAGUAUCUGCGGGACCUGCUGCUCUGGGCCGAGAGCCUGGACAGCCUGGCCGGCGUGCUGCUCUUCACCGUGGGCUUUAUCGUCGUGUCCUUCCCCUGCGGCUGGGGCUACAUCCUGCUCAACGUGGCCGCCGGCUACCUCUACGGCUUCGUGCUGGGCAUGGGGCUGAUGCCUAUCCAAGGCUUAGUGGGAGAAUUUCUGGCUAAUCUUCUUGCCAGAUGAAAACUAGCCACAUACUGUUUUAUUGUAUUAUCUUAGAUUCACACACAGCGGAAAGUUGCAAGUGAAGGAAUGUAAGAAAUUCUUUCAUUAUUUUGCAUGGAUGAUUGUGGGAGCGGCAGUCUGGUUGUUUGUGCACAUAGACUGUGUUGGAGCUGUGCUUGAUUUCUUACGCUGUCUUUUACUCAGAUUACAGAUUUGUCACUACCCAACUACCUGAUGGCUUCUUCAGUUGGGCUGCUUCCUACUCAGCUCCUGAACUCCUACUUGGGCACUACCUUGCGUACCAUGGAAGAUGUGAUUGCAGAACAAAGUGUUAGUGGCUAUUUUAUAUUCAGUUUACAGAUUGUCAUAAGCAUAGGACUCAUGUUUUAUGUUGUUCACCGAGCUCAAGUGGAACUGAAUGCAGCUAUUGUAGCGUGUGAAAUGGAAAUGAAGACAUCGCUUGUUAAAGACAGUCAGCCGAGCAUCAGUGGUUCAACCACAUACUGCAACAAAAGGACAAUAGCGUUCUCUGGAGGAGGUGUCAAUAUUGUGUGAUUUCAAGUAUUAAUAAAGUAAGGUUUUGUGAACCUAA